GACUUGACCAUAGCGGGGCAAAACCAUCAUUUCCUCCACAAGUUCAAACUCCACCCCAUUAAUGAUGUCACUAGACUACUAAUCUCUCAAGAGGCAUAAAGUUUAAGCCAUCUUAGCCACCUAAGCCGGCCGGAAAUGACCAGACCGGAUCAAGUGGCUGAUCGAGCCACUGUUCCCAAAUAAAUCCCUGCACCAGCAAGGCAGUAGAGCCCGCCACAAGGAUCAAGAUCCCUUCCCUCCCCCGGACUCCACUCCUCCUGCUCCCUCACGCCCGCCCGCACGCAUCCAGGCACGCGCGUGCGCCUCUCCCACGCAGUUGGUACGUCCAUUCCUGGGCUUCGCCUUCCCCUUCACACCAAAGGCACCAACCAGUGGCAGGAGGAGGAGGAGCAAGGAAUCAAGAACCAGAAUCUCUAGAGAGAGGCUGAGAGAGGAGAAGAAAGGCGGAGACCUGCUCUUGACGAAAGUGAGAUCAGGAGCAGGAGCAAAGGAGGGACCAUUUCUUGGUGCUGGGGUUGGAGCUCUUGGGCUGCGAUCAUGAGGUUGCGGCGAGGAAGGAGCAAUAGGGCCCCAAGCCGCCUGAGCUGAGAGAACCUUGGGGCUGUAGAGAGAGACAGCAAUUGGGGAACAGAGACAUAGAGAGAGAGACAGAGGGAAGAUGAGCUUUAACAAAAGCAGGGGAGGGGGAGUCGGAGGAGAGGAGCUGGUGCUGAGAGGCACCAUCUCCAAGAAAUGGACCGUCCUGCUCUGCCUCGGCAGCUUCUGCAUAGGCCUGCUCUUCACCAACAGGAUGUGGACGAUGCCGGAGCCGAAAGAAAUCAUCAGGAGGUCGACACUCGAAGUGGACAAGAGGAAUCUUGUCUCUGGUGAUUGUGCUCCGAAAAGUAUUGGAGAUGCAAAAGAUGUUCCUGGUGAGGUCCCAAGAACUCAAGAUGCUAUACAGACACUAGACAAAACAAUAUCAAACCUCGAGAUGGAGUUAGCAUCUGCAAAGGCGACGCAGGAAUCCAUCCUCAAUGGCGCACCGCUAUCGGAUUCCACUGGGAAACGGAAAUACUUCAUGGUCAUUGGCAUAAACACCGCGUUCAGCAGUCGGAAACGAAGAGAUUCAGUUCGUGCUACAUGGAUGCCUCAAGGUGCGAAGAGAAGGAAGCUGGAGGAAGAGAAGGGCAUUAUCGUUCGCUUCGUCAUCGGUCAUAGUGCGACACCUGGCGGCAUACUUGAUAGAGCAAUUGAUGCAGAGGACAGAAAACAUGGGGACUUCAUGAGGCUGGACCAUGUUGAAGGGUACCUGGAGCUGGCAGCCAAGACCAAAUCGUACUUCGCAAAAGCGGUGUCUAUGUGGGAUGCAGAGUACUACAUCAAGGUCGACGACGAUGUGCAUGUAAAUAUAGCAACUCUUGGAAACACAUUGGCAAGACAUCGUUCGAAGCCUGGAGUUUACAUCGGCUGCAUGAAAUCCGGUCCAGUCCUGGCUCAGAAGGGUGUGAGAUACCACGAGCCCGAGUACUGGAAAUUUGGCGAAUGGGGGAACAAGUAUUUCCGACACGCAACCGGUCAGUUGUACGCCAUCUCUAAAGAUCUGGCCUCCUACAUAUCCCUCAACCAGCAUGUUCUGCACACAUAUGCUAAUGAGGAUGUAUCGUUAGGAGCCUGGUUCAUCGGAUUAGACGUUGAGCACGUCGAUGAUCGUCGUCUUUGCUGUGGCACGCCACCAGACUGCGAAUGGAAGGCGCAGGCGGGCAACGUGUGCGUUGCGUCUUUCGACUGGAGCUGCAGCGGCAUCUGCAAAUCUGCCGAUCGGAUCAAGGAGGUCCAUCAGCGCUGCGGUGAGAGUGAGGACGCUAUCUGGAGUGCAAAGUUCUAAACAGAAGGAUCAAUGUCCAGAGACUCUACACUCUUACAAAAGGAAAGCACAUGUAUACAUAUACAUCAAUACAUGCCAUGUUCAACAGCUAAUUGCUUGCCAGUUGAGAGUGCAUAUCAAGAGCAUGAGAAUGGGGGAACAAUGUACACACAAGUGUGCAUGCAUGACAGACAGGAGGGAUGUUUAUUUCCUUUUUUUUUUAAUAGGAAUUGGAUUAUUGUAAGGGAACUUUUCUGUUUUGAUGCUUGAAAAGAUCCCGGGUUUACUCAUAAAGAAAAGCUAGGAGAGAAGGGAAGCGGAUGAUGAAGAGAGAGGAAGGAGAGGGAGAGAGGGGCUUCUCCCCCCACCAUUCUUGGAAAUAUCCUUAUCGGUGUUACUGUUUUCUUUCAAAAUAACAUAAUAAAACUAUUUCUUCUCCUA